GGGGCCUGGGGUGUCAUGGCGGCACCCAUUUGCUGCCCGUCGUCUGAACAAGGGGAAGAAGCUUCCGGGAGGCAAGUUGAAGGAGGGCCGCCUUUCGCCUCCUCCUCCCGGGGAAGCUGCCGCGGGGAAGCCCGGAGCUCGCCCCUGACGGCGGUGCGUAGCUCUGCCCGCAUCAGAUCGUUUACACGUGACGAUGGUGACACGUGUCGACCUUGAACGCGUGUCUGGUCUUCCCCGUUACGCUGCACCGCCGGGUCGGGAUGCUUAAUUUGAACGAAACCUCACUUCCUUGUGGCAUCCUUUUCUCUCCUAAGCUGGGGUGAAUAAAACUGCUUUCUCCUCCUGCGGAAACGGCAAUUGGGGCUAUCGCCAGGAGAAGUGCUUGCCUCAACCCUGUCCAAGGGGCAUUUCACUUGGCAGCUUUUGCUCAAGAGAUCCUUUUUGAAGUUUGUGAUGGAGGCCGAAUUCUCUGCGGAGGGACUGGCUACGGCGGACUUGCAACAAUCCACGGACAACGUUGGGGAAGCAGAAGAAAGUUCUGGACCGGCUUCUAAAGUGCCGCGGCUGAACGGCGCUCAGGAAGACGAAAAUCCUGCUGUCCAGGGUCUUUCUCAAGAGGAAGGAGAAUCCCACUUCCAGGAUUCUUCGCUAGGCUUGGAGGAAGAGCUGGGCAAUGGGACGCAGGAAGAAGCGGUUGAAGGAAGCGGAGCGUUGACCGAUGGGGGAGAAUAUUACGUCCCGGCGUACGACUUUGGCCAGCCCCCCCGACUUCUGACAGGUGCCUGGGCCGAGUACGGUCACGUCCCGGAGAACUUCUUGAAAGGCUGCAAGUGGGCACCCGAUGGGUCUUGCCUGCUUACCAACAGUGCCGACAACACACUGCGGAUAUACAACCUUCCUCCGGAGCUGUAUGCAGAGCAGUGGGGAGACGUGGCUGAAAUGAGUCCCGUCCUGCGCAUGGCGGAAGGCGACACCCUUUAUGACUAUUGCUGGUUCCCGGGGAUGAAUUCGUCCGAUCCAGAGACUUGCUUCCUGGCCAGCAGCAGCCGAGACAACCCCGUCCACGUGUGGGAUGCCUUCAGUGGGGAGCUACGGGCCUCCUUUCGCCCCUACAACCACCUGGACGAGUUGACGGCCGCCCACUCGCUUUGCUUCACUCCUGACGGUGCCCAGCUCUUUUGCGGCUUUGACAAAAUGGUGCGGGUAUUCGACACGUCGCGGCCCGGCCGGUCGUGCGAAAACAGACCCACGUUUGUGAAGAAACAAGGACAAAGUGGGAUCAUCUCCUGCAUCGCCUUCAGCCCGACGCAGCCCCUUUACGCCUGCACAUCGUACGCCAAGACCGUCGGCCUCUACUCCCGCGCGGAGGGAGACCCCUUGGCGAUGCUCAUUGGGCAUCGCGGCGGCGUCACCCACGCCGUCUUUUCCCCGGACGGCCUUUAUCUCUUCACCGGUGGCCGCAAGGAUGCCGAGAUUCUCUGCUGGGACCUACGGCAGCCGGGCGAAGUUGUCUUCUCGCUGUCCCGCACGGUGGGCACCAAUCAGAGGCUGUAUUUCGACCUGGAUCCGAGCGGGCGGUAUUUGCUGAGCGGGAACACCAACGGCCUCGUUACGGUCUGGGACACCACCCAGCCUCCCCCCGGGGACCCCCCAGCUGUGUUACCACCAGCCCUGCAGUUCCAGGCUGUGGGAGACUGCGUAAAUGGCAUCAGUCUCCAUCCCAGCCUCCCUCUGCUGGCCACCGCUUCGGGCCAGAGGCAUUUUCCCGACCUGCCGGAGAGCGGAGAGGACGAGGCGGAAGAAGGAGGGGAUCGUCCGCUCGCCCCUGUUCGGGCGCCGGGCGAUAACGCGCUCCGGUUGUGGUGGUGCACUCUGGCCUCGCAAACCGAGGGGGCCGUUUCCUAGCCGCGGCCUCUUCUGUGGCACGAGGAGCCGAACGAGAAUCGUGGCAGGCAGGCGGGUUGCGCGCGCGGCACCUGGUGCGCACAACUACAACUCCCGGACGCGGUGUGCCUCCGUCCGCACAGACGCGAGAGAUUGUUCUGAAGAGACAACAAGAGACACAAGUGUCUCAACAACAGACACAACGGCAGAGGGGCAUUUCACGCAGGAGAAAACCCUGAGGGGGUCUCGGUUGACACCCAGAUCUUUCUUCUUGGUCCUCUUUCCUUUCUCUUUUUGAACCAAGCGAGGAUACUGGAUUUUUUUUUUUCCUCACGGGUUUCUUUCCCCCGAAUUCCUCGCUUCUCUGGGAUAUCCGUGUUUUUCUCGGCUUUGCCCAACCGACAGACUUUGGAGAAAGCUCAAGACGGGUUUUUCCGGAUUUAGGCCCAAAUUCCUUCUUCCCGAUACUUAUUUUCACAGGGAAAAAACAGGGGGCUUCCAUCUCCUCAUGAAAGAUUUUGUAAAAAGUUUCUUCCAAAGGAUCCGUAUUGCUUCAAGUCUUUCUCACCAAACUCAACAAGUCUCAAUAAAUGGGGAAGUUUUUUUUUUUAAUUAUUAAUUUAUUUGUAUCCCGCUUUUAUUAUUUCUACAGAACGCAAGAAGGCGAACAACAAUCCUGUGGGGUGGGUUGGACU